GGCUUGUACUUUUGGACACCCGCCUUUCUCCGUGCACGUUGUUAUUUGGCUCAAAUGGACUCUGUCAGCUCUCUCGCUCGCCAAAUUGCUGCGCUUGAGAUUUCCUCGAAGCAGAACGCGGCCAGGCCGACUCAUCAGAAGAAACCAAGCCCACCAUUCAUUUCGUCGUCGAAACUCCUGACAGAGCAUGCGGCACCUAAUCCGUUCCCGACAUCCCACUCCACGACUAAGAGUACUUCAUUAAAGUCUUUGGCGAGCAAGCAAACGACGCGUCCUCCGUCUCCAGGAAAGUCUGUGAAGCCGCCUGCCUUCGAUAUCGGUCGGUAUGAUGGAGGGUUUGAGAUUGACAAUGAGAGCAGAGGUGAGAAGGUGUACGGUGAGGCAGCGGAGGACCUUGCAUUGGAUUCGAGUGUGUGCGGGAUCCGUCCUACACGCGAGUGGCAUCUCACAGACUUCGACAUCGGCCGACCGCUGGGCAAAGGCAAAUUUGGUCGUGUCUACAUGGUCCGUACAAAAUGCGAGCCCCACUACAUCCUCGCUCUCAAGUGCCUGUACAAAUCAGAGAUUGUGCAGUCGCGCGUAGAGAAGCAGAUCCGACGCGAGAUCGAGAUACAGCAGAACCUUCGCCACCCCAACGUCCUGCGCCUAUACGGCUACUUCCACGACGAGAAGCGGAUAUUCCUCAUGCUCGAAUUUGCGGGCAAGGGUGAGCUGUAUAAGCAGCUCAGCAGACACGGUUCUUUUACCGAGAAGCGAAGCGCGCGGUACAUCGACCAGAUGUCGGACGCGCUCAUGUAUCUUCAUUCGAAGCACGUCAUUCACAGAGAUAUCAAGCCAGAGAAUCUGCUGCUAGGUAUCAACGGUGAACUGAAGAUUGGCGACUUCGGUUGGAGCGUGCAUGCACCGGGCAAUCGGCGGACCACUCUAUGUGGAACACUGGACUACCUCCCGCCUGAAAUGGUGGAGGGGAAGGAGCACUCGGAGAAGGUAGACUACUGGUCACUGGGCGUGCUGACAUACGAAUUCCUCUGUGGCUCGCCUCCUUUUGAGACGAGCGGUCAAAACGCAACAUACAAACGUAUCGCGAAGGUAGACUUGAAGAUCCCGUCUAAGGUGUCGCCCGAGGCACACGAUCUUAUCACGAAACUGUUGCAGUACGACCCAGAGAAGCGAAUUCCGCUCACUGAGGUGCGGCGGCAUCCGUGGAUCGUCAAAUACAGGUCCAAGAGCUUAUCCGCUGCUGCUCCAACCGCAUCUUGAUUUGAACUAUUCGAUACCACACUGCUCAUUGCUUACCUUCUUGCAUUCGGACCUGAUUGCCUGCGUUGUUGUAAUUCACUGCACCUCCUCACGCUAGUGAUUAUCUUGGACAAAUGAUGCUGUCUCCCUUGGCGCAGAGAACUUGCAGCUUCUUCAAUCCAUGCGCAAAGCCUAUGGCGUGCUAUUGCCUCUACGCGGACCGUCGCAUGCCUCACGUUUACCGUUGCUCCGACUGCCGUGCAUCUCGCCUAUGGUCUGUGCGUACUCCGUCCAUUCCAGGCGCCCGCCCGAGCCGGUGAGUCGAUGCAUCGCUCGAUGCGAUCUCGCGUGCACCCGGGGUCUUACCCUUUGCUAAGGUCACAUCGGGCGUCGUCGCGCGUGCCUGUGCUGCGUUAACCUUACCUUUCGCUUCGCGCGAUGUUAUUAUGUACGGCGGCAUUUUUAAUCUUUCUCACUUAG